GUUGUUUGGUACAGUGAUGUUUGCCUGAGCAAGCACUACAAAUGAUUACAUUAGAAAGCCUUUUUUUGUCUUGCGAGAAGAAACUGCUGAGGCGAGAGGAGUGACGAAACGCUUCAGAAGAGAUGAGAGACAGAACAUGUGUUAAUAGACCUCCCUAAGCCCCCACCCUCCACCCCAAACGUUCCCUCGCUCCCAGAUAAGAGGGCAGAACUAACUCACUCCGGUCAUUUCACUUACCGCUCCGGGAUAGGAAGAGACGUCCUCCUGCUCUGUUUACUUUUCUCUCGUGUUAAGAGCUUGCAGAUUGGGAGACUUACUGAGACUGGCCGUCUCUUUUUCUAUCAUUCCUCUCUUAUCUAUCAGGCGUGGUUACUCAAGGGUCGGAUCUUCUGCUUGGUACUUUAAGCAGCCCAGCGAAGAGUGCAGAAGACUUUGUGGACAACCAGAAGUCCUUUAUGCAACUGUGAAGAAGAGAAAGUGUUUUAUCAAUUACAUCUAACCAUGCAGUAAAUUUCACCGUGUGACCAUUUUGUUGGGUCCACCAUGAGGCUCGCCAAAAGCGGCUGGCACUUGGCACUGCUGCUGGCCACGGCCGGACUGGUGAGUUCAGGAAACGGUAACGGUCAGAGGCGAGGGGGUGGCGAGAGGCGGAGAAAGCUUCACCGCGUGCAGAACGGCCAGUGCAGCUACACCUUUGUCCUGCCGGAGAUGGAGAGCUGUCAGGGCGGAGCGGACCACAACGUGGUGCAGAGGGACUCCCCGCCGGGCGAGAGCGAGUGGUCCGCGCAGAAGCUGCAGCAUCUGGAGACGGCCAUGGAAAAUAACACGCUGUGGUUGCAGAAGUUAGAAAACUACGUUCAGCAGAAUGUGAAGACUGGGAUGGUGCACAUCCAGGCUGAUGCAGUUCAUAACCAGACGGCCACUAUGUUGGAAAUCGGCACUAACCUGCUUACCCAGACCGCUGAACAGACCAGAAAACUUAAUGUCGUGGAGGCCAAGGUUAUGAACCAAACAACAAGAAUUGCAAUUCAGUUAUUAGAGAAUUCACUCUCAACAAAUAAACUGGAGAAGGAGCUCUUAACACAGAUUUCAGAAAUUUCAAAGCUCAGAGACAAGAACAGUCGAUUGGAGACUAAAGUCCUGGUGCUUGAGUCACAGCAGAGGAGUGAACUGGAGGACAUGAAGGUGGAGAAGGAAAGACUCCAAGACCUGGUGAAGAGACAGACAGCAGCUAUAACAGCUCUGGAGAGACAGCUGAGAUCCGCCAGCAGUAAUAAUUCAGCCAUGCAGAGACAACAUCAGCAGCUCAUGAAAUCUGUCCACACUCUUAUUGACCUGGUGUCGGUUGGACCCGGGUCCUUGCCAAAUCUGCAGCGGUUUCGAGACUGUGCAGAGGCCUAUAAAUCUGGUCACAACAUUAGUGGAGUCUACCACAUUUACAUCGGAGACAUGACUGAGCCAACCAAGGUCUUCUGUGAUAUGGAGACAAGUGGAGGUGGAUGGACGUUAGUGCAACGAAGAAUUAAUGGUAGUGUUAACUUCCAAAAAAGUUGGAAAGACUACAAACAGGGAUUCGGUGAUCCUAGUGGAGAACAUUGGUUGGGUAAUGAGGCCAUUCACCUGAUCACCAGUCAAGCCCAGUACUCCCUUCGAGUGGAACUUAAGGACUGGGAAGAAACUGCUGCCUAUGCACUGUAUGACAAAUUUCAGCUGGCCAGUGAAAAACAACAGUACAGGCUUUUGCUAGGUAGCUACAGUGGAACAGCAGGACAGCAAAGCAGUUUAGCAUCAAACGGCCCGGGCUUCAGCACCCGCGAUGUUGACAACGAUAAGUGCGCUUGCAAGUGCGCCCUCAUGAUGACUGGAGGUUGGUGGUUUGAUGCAUGUGGUCUCUCCAACCUAAAUGGAAUCUACUACACGGUGGGUCACAACAUCCGCAAGCUGAAUGGGAUCAAGUGGCAUCACUUCAGAGGACCCAGCUAUUCGCUCCAAUCCACUGCCAUGAUGAUCCGACCAUCUGACUUCUAAUGCGGAGAUUUGUCUAUCAUCACUGUGUCACAUUGAAUGACGAAUUGAACUUGUUCGAAGACUUCCUGGGAAGCAUCAAAGUUGAAACUAAUAUUUUGAUAAACGAUCAAAUGGUGACGUUUCAAAACGAAUCAGAGAGGACAAAAGACAUCAGAAUGAAAAUUUCACCUCAUUUCCACGUUACGAUUUCUCGCUCACGCAUGCAAACACACUUAAACCCUCAAAACUUUUCUAUUCUGGAUUAAUGAGUCAUUUACAGUCUGAAACGAUGACAACUUUGCUUUGACAAGGAUCGAGGGUCAUUGUUGCGACAUCAAAGAACCUUGAGAACAUCAGGAGGACUCAAGAGAAUUCAAACCCAUUUUGGUUUUCAACAAAAGACUCAAUGAGGCUCCUCGUGUAUCUGAACUCGUCUAGAUGCUUACAUGCUCAGAAUCCAGGCAAAGCUGUCCAGAGGAACACCAAAUGCACCUUCAUAUUUGACUGGUUUUACAGUAUUGUCCAAAAGUUCAUGAUAGAUAGAUAGAUAGAUAGAUAGAUAGAUAGAUAGAUAGAUAGAUAGAUAGAUAGAUAGAUAGAUAGAUAGAUAGAUAGAUAGAUAGAUAGAUAGAUAGAUAGAUAGAUAGAUAGAUAGAUAGAUAGAUAGAUAGAUAGAUAGAUAGGGGCUGUUUACACUUGGUAUUAAGAUGUGUUUUCAUCGAUCGGAUCACAAGUGGACGAGAGAGACACAUUACGUUUACACCUGGUAUUUAAAUCCGUCUCUUUUGUCCACUUUCGACCGCUUCUGUGCUGAAUACUAUGAGGGGGUGGUCUGUUAGACGGUGGGCGAGUCUCUCUGCUGUCAUUCAAACCCGAGCGGGAGUAAUUAUGAGUUUAUAUGGACGCAAACUAAUGCACUGCUUGUUUAGCAAGUAUGUGUUUGCACAGUGUUUUGUACAUGAGUAUUUAAGAGCUUUCUUUGGAUUUUCAGCGCAAUUGAUGAAAUAGGAUCGCGCAACUUUCACCCGCUUUCAAAACGAAACUACGGAGAUCAGCCGCUUAGUUUUAUCAAUGAAAGGCUAAAAAUAGCGCUGUUCACCGAAUGUUCACGCCAGAAGUCAAAAAAGACGUAAAACUUGUGUUUAAUACCUCAGAUUAGAUAAAUGGGCGGAGAGAAGGUGGUCGCGUGUGGCUGUUCGAACGCAUUCAACCACAUGUGCGUUCCGCAACUCCAAAGCGAUCCGAUCGAAAGUGGUUUCGACCACCUCUGGAUGUGGUUGAAAGUGGUCGAAAGUGGACGAGCUCAAAACGUUUUGAACACCGUUUACACCUGGCAUUAACGUCGUCCACUUGUGAUCCUAUCGACGAAAACACAUGUUAAUGCCAAGUGUAAACAGCCUCAUAGAUAGAUACGGCUUGUGUCUAAAUAACUGGAUAUUUUUAUGCUUUUUUUUAUACUUCUACAAUGGUAACUAUAUUUCUGUCAACCAUGUAAUGAUAAAGUUAAAGUCGACAGCUUAUACCUAACUACAAGAAAUAACGGGUUAGCAUGGACCAAUUAAGCCUAAAGUUGUGCCAACCGCAACACUGCCAUUUAAGUGAAUGCAAAUAGUAAUGUUUUCGAGUUAAACGUAAUAUCACAUGAGGAAAAUAGUGGGCGUGGUUUGUGUUUAUCGACGUUGGAUAUCGAAAAGUGGGCAUUUCAGUCCACCUCCACCACCAGUCCAUCUCACAGCAGACAAUUGGAGGGGGGCGGAGUUAACAGAUGCUCCGCCCACGCCAUUAAGCUGACCUCAUCAGAGAAGGAUCGCCACAAGAACAUUUUCCGAUUUAAUUAAAGUUUAUGAGGGCAAAUGAAUUAAAAAUAAUAAUAAUAGCCUACGUGAAUAAAUAGUUUAUAAUGAAAACAGCCAUAUUACAAUAAAAAAUAAAAAUGGUCAGUUUUGAUUUCAUGGGGACUUUAACUGAAUGAUAAAACAUCCAUAUGGACAUUUAAAGGUAACCCUAACAAUGCUGAAGUUUUGUUACAACCAUCGCAAAUGGAGACGUUAAAUAUGUACAAUGGGACUCUACGCUUGCAAUAUGGUGGCUAAGCAUUCACACCUGCUUUUAUUUUGCAUACUUACACAAAGUAUGUCUUGGCCUUACUUGUGUGAUUUGUACUGUAUGUUUGUGUGUGU